AUGUAUGUGGACAACUGCAUUACGAGUGUAGACUCAGUUGAAGAACUAGAGUCCUUCCAACGAGAUGCUAAAGAACUGUUAGCUAUGGGAAAGUUUGAUCUGCGUGGAUGGCUUAACAGUGAAGAGUCUGGUCAAAAUUUUGAAAGAAAAAAUGAGCAUCAAAAAGCAGAUCUAACUGAAGCGCAGGUACUGGGGCUUGCGUGGAAUUUAGAAGAGGAUUCCCUGUCUGUCACAUACAGAGAAACAGAGACAAAAGGAGAAUUCAUUACAAAGAGAAAAAUACUUUCGUUAGCACAUCGAAUUUUCCACCCAAUCGGAGUGACUUGUCCUAUUACUUUAAUUUCCAAAUUACUGUUGCAGGAAUGCUGGAAAAUAGGAGCUUCGUGGGACUCUAAAUUCCCUUUAGACAUAGGAAAUAAAUUUGAAAGUUCGAGAAACCAGCUGGUGGAUCUAGAAAACAUCAUAAUCUCUCGAAAGCUCUUGAGUCUUGAACUCAAGAAUGCCAACCUAUCGUUACACAUUUUUUGUGAUGCAUCUAAAUUGGCCUAUGCUACUUGUGUCUUUCUUCGAACCGAAAAGGGUGGUGAAGUAACCUGCCAAUUGAUUCAAGCGAGAUCGAAAGUCGCACUUUUAAAGGGAACCUCAAUUCCAAGGUUAGAGUUAUUGGCUUGCACAAUUGGCGUAAGGUUGGUUACGUCAAUAAAGAAAGAUUUGAACAUGGAAGAUGCAUCAUCAGUUUUUUGGACAGACUCGAUGGAUGUUCUUUACUGGAUAAAAAAGGAAGGCCAUGGGUGA